GGAGAAAGGAGUGUUUAUUUAAUACUAAAUUAUAUCUGUGAAAUCUAUUAAAAACUCAGAAUGCCUGCGGAUCCUUCCGAAGAAGUUGCCGGACCUCAGGUCCCCAAAACAGAGCUGGAGGAGCUGCAGAUUGCAGCACAAGGAGUAGCUGAUGAGUCACUGGAAAGUACGCGGCGAAUGCUUGCUCUCUGCGAAGAGAGCAAGGAAGCAGGAAUACGUACACUUGUAGCCCUUGAUGAUCAAGGAGAACAACUGGACCGCAUUGAAGAAGGAAUGGAUCAAAUUAAUGCGGAUAUGAGAGAAGCAGAAAAAAAUUUGAGCGGAAUGGAGAAGUGCUGCGGUAUUUGUGUGCUACCGUGCAAUAAGAGCCAGUCUUUUAAAGAGGACGAUGGAACUUGGAAAGGAAAUGAUGAUGGAAAAGUUGUAAACAAUCAACCUCAAAGAGUUAUGGAUGACAGAAAUGGAAUGAUGGCACAAGCAGGAUAUAUUGGCAGAAUUACAAAUGAUGCGAGGGAGGAUGAAAUGGAAGAAAAUAUGGGACAGGUUAAUACAAUGAUUGGAAACCUCCGUAACAUGGCUCUUGAUAUGGGUUCUGAGCUAGAAAAUCAAAAUAACCAAGUUGACAGAAUUAAUCGCAAGGGGGAAUCUAAUGAAGCCAGAAUAGCUGUAGCUAACCAAAGAGCCCAUCAGCUUCUAAAAUAAAGAGAUUCUAAGACGACGUGUACAUACAUUCAUAGCCUCUUCAAUACAUGUUCAUUUUUAUCUUAAUUUUCGGUUACCUACUCAGUGCUCCAAUAGUGGUAAUCUAAUUGUCACGAGACUUAAUAUUGGCCUAAUACGAAUAUAUUUGAAAAAAGGUAGAGUUAAUUAUAUAAUAAUUAAAUUCAUAUUUUGUGCUAUGUUUUUAAUACAUAAGAAAGAAUAUCUGUAAAUAUUAUAUCCGAAACAUCCGAAAAUGCUUAACCAACUUUAAACAAAAUCUGUAAUUUUUUCGUUAUGAAAAUAUGUUUUAUUUUCCAAUUUUAACUUAAUUUAAAAUAAUAUUUUAAUAAUUCAAAAUAGAACAAGUCGAUUAUCUAUAGCGUUGGAUACAUUUGAAAAAGCAAAAACCAGAUCAACCACCCUGAAAAUCUGGCAAAUACCUUAUUCGUACAUAAUGUUCAUACCUUAAAAUUUUGCGAAAACGUGAAGAUCUAUACAAUUAUCAAUAAAAUAAAGCAAUUAUUAAUAGAGAUUUUAGUAACAUUUUUUGCUCACUUUAAAAUGUUAUUAAGAUCUUUUAUAUAAAUGUGCCAUUAUUUAUAUUUUAUGACUUUUAAUGUAUUUAAAAUUGUAUAUGAAAUAAAUUAUUGUUCUAAGAUGCGAAACUCAAUUAAUAAAUGAUUUUAUCCUGAA